CUGACAUGAAGAAAGAUAUAGAGUCUUUAAUAGCCCAGGAAAAAGCAGAGAUCGUUGCCAAGUAUGAGAAGGGCAGGCAGGAAGGAGCUCAGAUUGACCCAUGGGAAGAUGCUGAUUUCACACUGUAUAAAGUUACAGACCGGUUUGGAUUCCUGCACGAGCAGGAGCUGCCGACCUGCACAGCCUUGGAGGAGAAGCAAAAACAGCAGGAAAUUGAACGCGUAGACAAGUGGCUAAAGAUGCUGAAGAAAUGGGGCAAAUACAGAAACAGCGACAAGAUGUGCCGGCGAGUGUACAAAGGGAUCCCACUUCAGGUGCGAGGCCAGGUCUGGUCGCUUCUGCUGGACGUUGAGAAGAUGAAGAAGGAGAAUGAAGGAAAAUAUGAGCAAAUGAAAGAGCAAGCAAAGAACUUUUCAUCGGAAAUCAAGCAGAUAGAUUUGGAUGUUAACCGCACAUUCCGAAACCACAUCAUGUUUCGGGAUCGCUACGGAGUGAAGCAACAGGCACUCUUCCAUGUCCUGUCAGCAUAUUCGGUUUAUAACACUGAAGUGAGCUACUGCCAAGGGAUGAGCCAGAUUGCAGCCAUCCUUCUAAUGUACUUAAAUGAAGAGGAUGCAUUUUGGGCUCUGGCACAGCUGCUGACCAACCAGCGGCAUGCCAUGCAUGGUUUUUUCAUUCCUGGGUUCCCGAAGCUGCAGAGGUUUCAAGCUCAUCACGAGCAGAUUUUAAGCAAACUGUUUCCCAAACUGAAGAAGCACAUGGAUAAGGAGCAGAUGACUACGGGGAUUUACACAACCAAGUGGUUCCUGCAGUGUUUCAUUGACCGGACCCCCUUCACCCUUACCUUGCGGCUGUGGGAUAUCUACAUCUUGGAAGGAGAGCGGGUGCUGACAGCCAUGGCUUACACCAUUCUCAAACUGCACAAAAAGCGCUUGCUAAAGAUGACGCUGGAAGACUUACGGGAAUUUCUGCAGGAAAAAAUUGCCAGUUCCCUGCAGUACGAGGAUGAUGCUGUCAUUGAGCAACUGCAGGUGUCAAUGACUGAACUGCGCAAGAUGAAAUUUGACCUUCCACCACCAGCAAAGCCUGAGGAAUUCCCACGGAAACCCCUGGGCCUGAAGCUCUCCCUCAACCCAGUAGCCGUGAAGGGCAAUGUGGCAGCCAACAGCCAGAAUGGCCAGGUGGGUGAGCACUCCCUGGACAGGGAGCCUCAUCCCCACAGAGGUCCCAGGACACUGGGAGGAAUGAUGGAGCUGAAGACUCCCUCUCUCUGUGGCAGUGAAGUAUCUGAAGCAACAGACAUCCACCUGCACCCUCUAAGCAGGGGGGUGCUGGGAGAGGAGGGUGGGGUGGAAUCCACAAGGGACAGGCAGCCACAGUCUCUUCUGAAGGCAAGUGAGACACAAGGCCACCAUCACUUCCCACCCACGGUCUUGCCUCUGGAACAGCUGCUUCUCACUCCUAGCCAUGCCAGGAUGGACCACAAGUCAGUCUCUCUCCCUACCCCAGCCGAGCAUGGCUUCUUGAACUCCUCUUUUCAAAACACAUCAAUUCCUCCCAACUCGAGCAUGUCUGAGCUUUCCGCUAUGGAUCACAUGGCAUGGCAGCCAAAUCCUGCUGCCCUGCCGGUGGGAGAACAAGCAUCUUCCUUCUGCACAGAAAAUGUGCUCGAUGCACACCCUCAUCCUCUGUCAGGCAGCUGUCAGCAGCUCUCCAGCACACUGCAGCACAACGGCUCCCCAAAGAGUGAGGAUGGGGAUGGAAAGGCCAAGAAGCACUGCAGAGCAGCACUGCUGGACAAAACAGACUUGAAGCACGUGACAACUAAAGCUGCAUCCACAGGGGAGCUCACCAGCUUGCAGCAGAAUGGGCCAGGGAACGCCACCAGUACUGCACACUGGCCAGAGGGCUUGGGAAUGCUGCCUGUGCAUGGGCUGGCAGGCGGCAGCAUGCCCAUCAUACCUGGCAGCGAGCUGGAGCCAGCAGGGCUGGGCAAGGGCUGUCCCUUCCACCAGGUGCCGUCUUCCAGAGUGUUGGGAAACAGCCCUUACACUGUUAUCAAAACCACCACUGCCCUCUACCUGGCCCACGCAACAGAGCAAAACUCAAACAGAAUGCAGGUGGCAUUGCCUCUGCCAGAGACUGGACAUCCCCUGCCUGCCCCCUCAAUGCCACCAGCUCUUGCACUGGUUCCAGAGGAAGCAGAUGCCCAAAAAAGCCUCCAGAAAUUAUUAAAUGCACUGAAAGCCCCACAACCCACCCUGAGCCCCAGCACAACAUUUCUAACACGGGUUGCCAAAUCCCGCUCAGAGAACAGUUUACUUUUAGGCUCUUCUCCCCUGGCAAAAGUGCCCAAAUCGGUGACCUUUUAG